CCUCGGUUGGCUCCUCCGUAGCCUCGCGAUGUCAGGCGGCGGCGGCGUCGUCGUGAGCCGUCAGCUGGUGCGAGCAGCGUGCGUGGACAUCCCACAGUAAACGUAAUGCUUCUCUUGAGGCAACCACAACUUAGAUGGAGAGAGAAGCGGCGGUGUCGACACGUCGUGGAUCUGCGUGACAUGCGGCGAGGUUGCGGCGCGGGCAUGUCAGCAUGAGCAUAGAGAAGGAAAGGGAGCUGAAGAGAAAACUGCAGAGCUUCCUAAAUGACCUCACCGUCCUUGGCACACUCAGGGGAUUCCGCUACUUUUCUUCCUACCUGAGGGGCAGAGAGGAGCUGGCGCUGACAGUUCUCAAUCAGAGCGACAGUGCGGGAGCAUGUGUCGGCGCCGCGGCGUCGCUGAGUGGGAGCUUCAACGCUGCAGCUUUGCCUUAUGACACCGCCUCCCUCCUCAUCUCCUUACGUACACAGAAAAGGAUAAGUGGGUUCGGACACAUGGAUGUGGGUCUCCCUCCAGCCUCUCCAUGCGAAAAAGAGCCCAGCCUACCGGGAGAGGGCCGGACGCUCUUCCUGGUGGCCGGCUACGCGCGCUACGGCUGCCCCUACGUGUGGGCUCGCUCCAGCCACGAGCGGCUGCUGCGCCUGGACACGAGCGACGCGUCCGUGCGAGAUAACCCACUCAAGCUGCGCACCACCUCCGCCUGGCCCAAUGCCGACGUGCACGUGUGGGACGUGGUGGCGGAGGUGGUGCGCCUGUGCGCGUGGCCUGCACCCCGCAACCCCCUGGCACUGGACAUGGCUGCCCUGCACGCCCUCCCGCCCACCGAGAGGGGUCUGGCGACAGGCGCGCUGCUCGCCUUCCUGCACCGCGUGUGUGCCACCGCGGAUCGCAGCAAACCGCUGCGCUCUGCAGUGCUGGAGGAGCUCCCGCUCCUCACUCAGCUGCACAUGGAGUCCAUGCGCUCAGUCAUGUCAAACAGCAGCCCACCACCGCGCGCGGCCACACCCCCCAGCCCUCGGCCCGCUCCUUUCAUUGGCCGGCCCGUGACCCUGGCGACGCAACCCAGACAAUCGGUGGCGGAUGAAGGUGCGGGAGGGUGGCAGUUUGAGUUGGGUCCACCUCCCCUGCGGCCAAAACCCAACUGAGACUUAACGAGGGACAUUGAAAGAGGAAAGAGAGACUUUGCCGGUGGUCUGGGCGACGUCGGUCCGAUCGCAGAAGAUGUACGACAGUGUACACGCGUACAAAAGGCACGCUGGCUCGCCUUGGAUGUUCCACUUAUGCCCCGUGUCAUAUCUGCAGGCAUUUUACAGCCUUAAGCUUAAUUCUCUGGAAGUUAACGGAUAUUUAAAAGCUCUUAACACUGAUCAGCAAAACUUUUUAUCAAAUAAACUGAGCGAUUGUGAACACUUAA